UGAUCACCUAUAAGUUACUCCCGUACACAACCAUUAGGUACGUGGCACACAAUCGGCUAUAAGCGCAAAGUGGAUGCUACGAUACUUGUCGCGGUCUUCGAGCCUAUAAGAACUCAAGAGUUUUACUGUGACCGAAAUCCCCGCCAUUGUCCUACAGCUUGGCAUAUCAUUGGAUGUGCGGGCUCCAUGGAAUGUUGUCACUUGCGCCACGAUUAUCUUCGUCUGUCUGGCUUGCAUCCAGCAUGCUAAGACCAAUAUUCUGAUCUACGAUUAUGCCUUCGGCAUGGCAAUCGCUGCUCUUGCUAUGGAUGCCAUACAUUUGACAUUACUGAUUCAACCCCUUCACACCUUCCGUCAUCAGAAGCAAAUAGGGUCAGCACACGAACUGCCUUGGUCCAAGAGGUUUGCCUGGGCCUCGCAAUUGUGCUCUUCACCCAGAGGAGUGGGUUGGGAUCAUCAGGUUAAAAACCUGCUUGAGCACUCCGCAUCAUCAAGACAAGAAUUUGUCCGUUCGCAUUUAAUAAAUGCAGCCAAGCAUAUCCUGUGUUUUAACAUCGCACUUUUCUACAUGAGGCAUGAACCGGCGUAUCAGUCUGCUGCAGCCUUCGCAUCCCAGCCGUUCGUCCCCCGCCUUCUCAACUGUGGUGCAUUUCUUGUGUUGCAGUAUUGCAUGGGUGCAGCUGUCUAUUCAUUGAUAGUGGCUCUUAUUGUGAGUUGCACGUCGUCUGAGCCAAGUUCUUGGCCCGAAAUGUGUGGUAAAUGGGAGGAUGCAUAUACGAUCAGACGAUUCUGGGGUCGAACUUGGCACCAAUUCUACCGGCGCUUUCUGACCCCCUUUGGCCAAAAAAUGACGUCAUUUCUCGGCUACAAACGUGGAACUAGUGGAUCGUCCUACACUCAACUUUACACCGCCUUUUUCAUCUCCAGCAUUACUCAUUUAGGAGGUGAUGUAGUAGUCAACUCCUCUCGCCUCGGAAUUUCGUGCCCUUUCUUCAUAUAUCAGGCAUUGGCCAUUACGUUUGAGGAUGUGGUUAUAGCUGCUGCUCGGCGUGCGGGAGUGAAGGAGACGAAAGGGACGCGGAUAGUGGGGUAUGCGUGGGUGAUUUGUUGGUUUAUUGUUACUGGGACAUCGUGGACCACUGCUCUCAUCAUUGCUGAGUUAGAAGGUGGGGGUAAAGUAAUCCCCUCCAAUUUUUUGGGUGUAUAGUGUAAUGUUUCACCGGCACCCUUUCCACUAGUUCUUUUGAGGGGAAAAAACACCUAUAGCUAAUUAACUAUGCUUAUUUUUGGACAACACAACCCUCCUUCCCCACCUCCCCUCCUCCCCCCACCCUGACCAAGCACUCGUCCCAUCCUUACAUAUGGUAGAUAGAGUUUGACUUUGACGCUCCAAAUGCUACUUUAAUAAUCUAUGCAAUACACU